AUGACAUUUCCCAAACAGCUCGAUUCUGUGGGGCACAAAGAUAGCCAAGUCGUCGACCAUGGGAAGGAGGAAGAUAGGCGAAGGAUCGGCUUCAUGGACCUGGCCGUCGAAAUCGGCUUACGAAUUUACGACUACGUCUACGACUCACACAGCGUUCGGCACUCCAAGCCGCCACUAUGGUAUCUGACCCAAGGCAGCGGCCGUCAUGUCCUUAAGCCCGUUACGUCGCAGGCUACCAUCAAGCCCAGUCCACUGCCCUACGAGGAAACUCCAGACGGCAACGACACCAUCAGCCAUGCUCCCACCCGCGAACUCCUAUCCGCCCACCGUCCGAUGAACUACAUCCCAACCGCCCUCCUCUUAGCCUGUCGCCAGAUCUAUUACGAAGCCCGCACCAUCCCCUUCUACGAAAAUGAAUUCGUCUUCCCAUCGUGGCACGACGUCGACAGCGUACAAGCGGCGCGGAACUUUCUUAACGAUCGGCUCUGUGCAGACUGGCAGCGCCAGAGCAUGCGAUACGUGAGAAUCGAGCUGGAUCUCUCGGAAGACAAAAGCGACAAGAACAACAACGACAGUAGCAGCAAGAAGGCAGAAGCGUGGGAGGAGCUAUGUUCCGCCGCCAACUGGGGAGCGGGGCUUCGCGGGAUGAGGUUAUGCAUCGACUGCAAAGAGAAGGAUCUGAUAAAGGGUUCUUUCGCGGCGAUGCUUGACAGGGCUGAAAGGCCCGGCCUAGGCGGAGAUGGAGAUCAAUCUGGACCAGAAGAGGAGGAGCUAUCAUCCUUCGCUUGGAUCUUCCGUGGUCUGGUUCAGUUGAGCAGCCUAAGGAAACUGGAUGUGGAAAUCAAAAGGGGACGGAGAUAUAUGACAGAUGACGAGAAGGUCGGGUGGUGUCGGUUGCUGGAGGAGCUACUCAACAUGAACUGUGAGAGGGACGAAGAAGAAGAAGAGGAGGAACGGGAACGGGAACGGGAUCAAAAGGUUUCGGUCAUGUGCGCGCAGACGUCGUAUGAUCCGUACAAUUUGGAGCAGGUGUUUGGUAAGAUCUCUUAUCCUAUGAUGAUGUGGCCGUUAUAUGCUGGCUUUUGA